CAAUGGAUUAAAGAGAUUAAUGGUCAGCGAAAUAUACUCAAUACGUAUGGAGGGGUAGCCCUGGAGGACAUUCGUGGCAUGAGAGCCCCCUUUCUGCAAAUAGGGGGCAAUAAACAGUUUGAGAUGUUAUAUGAGAUGAACUUCACGUACGACUCAUCGAUGGCUAUAUUUGAAAACUCGCCCCCGUUUUGGCCCUACACUCUCGACUACGCCAUCAAUCACGAGUGUAUGAUCAGCCCCUGUCCCACAAAAUCGUUUCCAGGCUUAUGGGAAAUCGGUUUAGUAAUGUGGCAGGACCUGAAGGGGGGCCGGUGCUCAAUGGGGGACGCCUGCUCUAACCCCUCGGACGAGAACGGCGUGUACGACAUGAUAAUGAAGAACUUCCAGCGCCACUACCAGUCCAAUCGGGCGCCGUUCGGUCUGUACUACCACUCCGCGUGGUUUAACACACGACACCAUUUGUCCGGUUUUCUCAAAUUCAUUGACGAAGUACUCAAACUAAACGACGUCUACUUCGUGACCAACUGGCAGUUAAUACAGUGGAUGAGGGAACCGACCCCUCUGUCGAGGCUCCAUAAGUUCACGCCUUGGAAGUGCGGCCCGAAGGACAAGGAGGCCAGACCCCAGGCCUGCCAUCACCCGACGGUGUGUAACGUGUCCUUCAAGAAGGGCUCCCGAUUUUUCAAGACCUGCCAGCCCUGUCCCGAGGAGUACCCCUGGUUAGGCGGUACGGGACUCAAGCGUAAGAAUAUUCUGUGA